CCAAGGGAAAAAAAUCGAGAGAUACAAAGAAGAAGAAUAAUGAAGAUGCCUGUCAGAUUGAAGCCAUUUUUUCUUAUAAUUGCUUUGUUUCUCAUUUCAUCGACCUUCUUCCCACUUGCUCAUGGACAGGAUGAGAAGGAUGAUCAGCCAUCCGAUGGUAAUUCUCAAGGAGCUAUGAGCCUGGUGAAGGAGAGAUUGGAUGAAGCUGGAUCAGGAAAUGCAAGUUUUAUACUAGCUAAGAAAGAGACAUACAGGAAGGACCCUCUAGACAAUUUUAAUUAUUAUACAGGUGGAUGGAAUAUUGCUAGCGUACAUUACCUGGCUUCUGUGGCUUUCAGUUCUGCUCCUUUUGCCAUCAUUGCUAUAGUAUGGUUCGUGCUGUUUGGUCUAUUUCUGUUUUGUGCUUGUAUUUGCUGCUGCUGCUGCCGCCGCAACAAGCCCUAUGGUUAUUCUCGACUUGCUUAUGCGCUUUCUCUCAUCUUUCUCGUGCUUUUCACCAUUGCUGCAAUUGUUGGAUGUGUUAUAAUGUACAUUGGAGAGGGAAGAUUCCAAGGCAGCGUAAAUGGUGCUACAAAAUACAUUGUGAAUCAAGGAAUAAGCGUCGUCAAUAAUCUUAUAAAUGUAUACAAUUAUCUCUCCUCAGCCAAGAAUAUUGCUUUGAAUCAACAGUUUCUACCUCCUGAUCUCGUAAGCCAGAUCGACAAUGUCAAUUCCCUAAUCAAUGCCACAGGAAACCUUCCUCAUGUCACAUCAGCCCACAUUACAGACUCCAUACUAGUAUUUCUGAACCCUGUGAACAUGGCUCUUAUCAUUAUUACUGUUUUCCUGCUCCUAUUGGCAUUUCUCGGAUUCUUAUUUUCAAUUCUUGGGAUGCAAGCUUGUGUGUAUUUAUUCGUGGUCAUUGGUUGGAUUAUUAUCACACUCACAUUUAUCUUGUGUGGCAUAUUUCUCGUUUUCCACAACAUAGUGGCUGACACAUGCGUUGCAAUGGACGAAUGGGUCCAAAACCCCAUGGCCGAUUCAGCAAUGAAGGAACUUCUUCCCUGUUGGGACAGGGGAUUUGGCCAAAAUGUCUUGAAUGCAAGCAGAUCAGUAACCACCAGCGUGGACGGUCUUUUGAACGAGUACAUCGUCCUUGUAGCCAACAACGAUACCUUACCCCCAGAAACAGUACCUCUUUAUCACAAUCAAUCUGGUCCAUUAGUACCUGUGUUAUGUAACCCAUACACAACUCAACAGGGCUGCGGUGAGGGUGAAGUAGCCUUGAGCGAUGCGGCAGAGGAAUGGAAGAAAUAUGUGUGUGAAGUUUCAGCAGCUGGUAUUUGUACCACAAUAGGCCGCCUGACCCCUGACAUGUACAACCAGAUGACUUCAGCUGUUAAUGUAAGCUAUGGGUUGCACAAUUACGGCCACUUCCUUGCUGGCAUAGUAGACUGCACGGUGCUCCGAGACACUUUCAAUGGCAUCAGUCAAAAUCAUUGCCCAGGGCUGAGGAAAUAUAGUGAAUGGGUCUAUAUAGGCCUGGUAACUGCUACAGGUUCAGUGAUGUUAUCUUUGAUCUUGUGGGUGUUGUAUGCUAGAGAGAGGCGGCACCGGAAGUAUACCAAAAGGAUCAAUAAAGGGUAUGAUGAGUCUCCUCUUGUUGGAGGGAGGAAGCUGUAAAGAAUUGAGCAGGUCACUGCAUCAUUAAGGCUCAAAACUUCUCUUCACAUGACCAUCUCAGAAAUCUGCACCCUUCCUUUACUAUCAAGAAAUGAAAAGUACAAAUAAAGGGUUGGAUGGGAUCAAUAUCUGCAACAUUUGAAUCACAGUUUCAAGUUUAUGUGAUCGUGAUUGCCCUGCCUCAUGUGGGAACAAAAUAUUGUUCUUAACUAGACUCAUUUAGGUUCAAAUAUAUGGUACAUAGAAAGUUCAUUUCAUUGUAUGCUGAGCAAGUCUUGUUCAUGUCAGAAUUCUAAC